AUGAAUUCGCCUUCUGCGCACUAUACGCUGCCCGGCGUAAUGCAUUAUUUGCAGACUGAAUAUACCAAAAAUGAGAGGGAUAGAAUCAAUUGGGAGCUAGAGCGGUGCGAGAUGAAGUCUAGAAUUGCAAAGCUGGAGGGCGAAAACCGGGAUUUACGUACCGAGUUGGCGAAACUGGAAACCAAGUUGCAAAGUCUUGAUUCUAAUAACGAUAACGCGAUCGGUGAACCUGAGAAGUGCGUUCCAGCCGAAUCGUGGGAGCAGGAGCAGGAACUCCUAGAUUCGAAACUAUCAGUGCAAGAAAACAUCAAGGAGAUAGUGUAUUUGUUAAAGAGCCCACCGGUAAUGGAGCAGUUGGAUUCUUGGAACAACAAGGAAGAUCCAGUCAAACGAUUGGAAGCGUUAAACUUGUUUAACAACAAGGGCGGCGAGAACGGCGAGAACGGUUCAAAUCUAGCCAACGGUAAUCAUGGUGGAGAACUUAACGGUAACGGCAACAACAACGACAAAUCUAAUGACAGCGCUAGCGGAAACACCGCUGACUUCAAUACUGCUGGUAGUGGUAGUUGCAGUACCGGCGGCAAUGACUCCUCUGGAAAUGCCAAGACCUCCAAUGAUGGUGAAAAUGACAGCAGCAUACUAUUCAGUAGGGACUGGAGCGAUGUUCCGAACUCAAAUAUGAGCUCACUGGGGGAUAAUUCUGAUGCUGAAACAGUGGUCAACACAAGGAGAUCCAGGUCCUCGUCAUUGUUUUCAACAGGAUCCAAUGAAGCAAUUACUUUCCACACAUACCGUUUCUUGCAGUAUCAUUUGUCUGCUAUCAGUGGGUUGAAAGCAAUGGGUAAUAACUUGCUUUCCUUUGGAUCGGAUGGUCUUCUCAAACAUUGGUUGAUUGAACCCAACCUCAACUCUAAUGAGAAAGCGACUAAAGCCUUUCAUAGCGUUCCAAAUCUACUGGGAAUAUUCUGGUUGAAUAAAACAAGAUUCAUGACGGUAGAUGAAAUGUCUGUCAAGCUUUGGAAUAUUGACCAAAGCGAACCCCUUGUGUCUUGGGAUGCUCUAAAGGAUCUCGUGGACUUACAAUCCGUGGACUUCAAAAAUGGUUGGCUAAUAUUAACCUUUGUCAAUGAAAUAAAGGUAUGGGAAAUCAAGGUGGGAGAGGCAAGUAUCGAAAAACUAAAUGAGUAUAUAAUAUCGGUGCCUAACAAAAUUCUCAACUGUCUGCUUGGACUCACAGAGAAAAGUUUAAUAAUACUAAAUGGUGACUCAAAACAUAACGUUAAAGUGUCCAUAUUUGAAUUCCAAGGAUCAUUACUACAACAAAUUGACUUAUCACACACUCUAUCUCAAUUCCACGCCACAAACAAUGAACUAGCCCUAAACAGAUCUACUUCCAAGUUACUAAUUAGAUUUGAAUCUGAAACCUUAAUAUACUCCUUUGAUCAAAAGAAAACCAUUCUCGUGUUUUCAACUCCUCAGCCUGCUGUUUCAUCUAUAUUCUUGAAUGACCUUGACUAUACUGCCACUGCCUUGAAGGAUGGCACCAUCAUAGUCAAGUCUAUAAAGGAAGGUGGAAAGCAAGUUAAAAUAUACAAUCAUUAUGAACACCCCGAAAAGACUCCAGCAGGUGUGCAACCAAUCACUAUUUCAUCGACGGUAAUAGAUAAAACUCCAGUAAUAAUUUCCGGUGGUUACAAUGGUGUGAUAAGAUUGGAAAAGGUCAUGAACUUAUGA